GUGAAGGAAGCAGGACGCCUGUAAAGGGGCCAAAGGCCGGGUGAGUUUCGUGCAGAGCCUCUGCGAGGCAUAUGUAUCAGCAUUAAGGCAGUUGCGUGUGGCGCUGCAUUCAGCCGACGCACGUGCUCCGCUCGCCAAUAAGUGCAGUUCUGAGGUUGAGACAUGCGGCCAGAAAAUUGCAGGAUUUUGUUGCUCGUUUUGGAACCGAUCCAUCUCAACAUUCUCGUCACUUCCGCAGUGUGUUGCAAAUGUCUGCGUUCGUUGAGCCUUCUUUGAUGAGCUUUUAAAACAGCAAGUAUCUUCAGAAAGCUGUUCUCAACCUUGCAUUGGAAUGUGCAGGAGGCAAGACCAGUAUAGCAUCAGAGAAGUCUCUGCUUGGGAGAUUGACCUCAAUUGGCCUGUAGGUGCGUCCAAGUCAAACGGCCACCGCUGAACGCCAUACUUGCCAAAGUGGUCAACACUUAACUUUCAGGCAUUAGCAUACAUUGGUGUUUGAAGAGCUAGGCAGGGGGCAUCUACUUCUAGGGAAACUCGGGAUAAGAAAUAUGGCGGUCCUUGAUGUUACACGUGCGGAGCUUGCUCUGCUUGCGCUGUACUUGAGCAAGGCAGAAACUCGUGACAAGAUUUGCCGAGCUAUCCAGUACGGGUCAAAAGCUAUUUCAGGCGGUCAGCCUGGGAUUGCACAGGGUAUUGAGAAGAAUACAAGCCAGGCGAGGAAAGUUUUCAGGUUGGCAAAGUUCUUGAACGACGUGCAAGUCCUCUUGACUCCAGCUCCAAAGGAUUCGCCACUGCCUAUUGUGGUGUUGACAAAGAUUAAGCAUGCCCUCCUCUUUGGCUACUUUUCACUGGAUUCCUUUGUCUGGUUCGGUCGCUCCAACAUCUACAAGAACAAGGAAAAGACAGAGCUGCUCUCGAAAGUGUCUCUCUACUGCUGGACCGUCAGUACUGUCGUGUCCGCCAUCAUUGAGAUUGCAGAGAUUUCACGGAUCUCAGCGAAGGAGCGGAAGAAGAGUGGACUGGUCGACGGUGCGGCAGAUGAAGCUGAGAAGGCCGCUGACGCUGAGAAGAUCAAGGCCAGGAUGAUCGCACUCAUCCGGUCCAACCUGGACACUGUGGUGGGGAUUGGCCUCGUGGGUCUGGCGCCAGAGACUGUCACACCCAGAAUGACAGGAACGCUGGGCCUUAUAACGUCCCUGAUUGCGUGCUAUCAGCAAUUCCCGGCACACCCGACAAAGGCGAAGGCUGCUUGAUUCCGUGAUGGGAGGAAAUAGAUGCACCACUCUGUAUCGAAAGCUGUUGAAGCACGUUAGGCUUUAGGCCGGCAGACUUGUGGUCACUGUGACAAAGCAGUGACCAGUUCUCGACUGGGCAUGUAUGUAUAUGUUCUGAUGCGGUGUAGGUUGAGCAGCCUCGACAUCUGGUCUAUAGGAUCGAUAACUUAGGUUGCAAUGCUUGACUGGUGACAUAGUUUGUUUCUUUGCAAUAGUAUAUAGUGCUGCCACUGAACGUUGUUGCCAGCUGUAAACGUGGACGUUGUCGACGGUGGCAUAAUCUUAUCCAGACUUUGCCUUUUUGCGCAUUCUAAUUGCGACUUGAGGCAGCCGCAAUUGUCAAUUGUCAAUUUCUUUGGCGGUACGUUGGUUGGCCAAGUGGCAGAAUCAACAUUUCC